CAAUUCUCAAAAUCUCCAUGGAAACAUUUUUAAGGAGUUCCUACCCGCGACUUUUAUUCACACUAGUCAUUCACACACACGCACACGAGUUUUUUUAAUUCUCAAAAAAAAAUUAAAACACCAAAUUUCCAUAGAAACUAGUCAAAAAAAUGGUGCGUAUCCAAGAAUUGGAUAACCUUGACGACGACGAUAACAACGUGGCAACAACGGAAACGGAAACCAUGGCAACGAAUAAUGCGGACCCGGAUUUUAACGCCUCCGUUGACGCUGCCCGAGCGGCCAUGCAGCCGACGCCAAUUGAGAAAUUUAUGGCAAUUUGUAAAUCUCUAAUUCUUCGUGCCAUGGUGAUUUAUUUCGUCAUGAGUUUCAUUCGUGGAGGGGGGAAUAAAAUCGCUCCUGCCACUCCUUCCACUGGGGGAAUAAAACCUGUCGCCAUGGAAAAUUCGUUUCCAAACGGGACCGUCUUUGACAUGUACGUAUAUGUAAAUGAGCACGCCUCAUCUCUUGAUUACAUUAAUGACCAAUUGCUAUGGAAACAGGAAGGCAUGAUCUAUGGCGACUGGCUCGAAAAUGAAAAUGGCUACGUUUCCAUGACUACACAAUUUACAUUGGGAGAGAAAUCGAGGAGGAACGGGUCUCUGUUUUUGCACACGGUGAUUGUCCCGAUUGGAGAUGAUCCAAGUAAUGAUGCCAACACAAAGCGGAUUUAUUUAAAUAAAAUGCUCAACAAGUUUAAGAAGAAGAAGAUUGUCAAGUUAAGAAAUUUACUCAGUUCCGGGGAUGAGGUUGCCGAGAAACCGACCGUAGCGGAAAUCGUGUCGCAUUACCACCCGAAUUUGACUAUAAACUUGGUGACGGAUUGGACGUUGUGGACGCCGGGGGCCGUUCCCGCCCCGCUUAACCAAUUUGUGAAUUUCGUUGGGGACAAGUACCAGCCGGUGGUGUUUUACAAUGAUUAUUGGAAUUUGGCCAAAGAUUAUCAUCCCGUGGGGGUGGAGAACAGAACCCUCCAAAUCACGCUGACCUACCAGCCCCUCUCGCUCUUCAAGUGGCAGCUCUACGCGGCCCAGCAGAUGAAAAGCCAGUGGUCCGUCUCCACGGCAUUCGGCGGAGAAGAAGAUCUCGACGAUUCCGAGCAGGACACUUUAAAGGAAGCCAUGAUCGACACUAAUCCAAUCCUCCUCGUUCUCACAUUCGUCGUCAGCCUGCUCCACUCCGUUUUCGAGUUUCUCGCUUUUAAAAAUGACAUCCAAUUCUGGAACAACCGCAAGGACCUCGAGGGCUUGUCCGUCCGCUCCGUCUUUUUCAACGUGUUUCAAUCCACGAUCGUCCUGCUCUACGUUCUUGACAAUGAAACGAAUUGGGUCAUCCGGAUCUCGUGCUUCGUCGGGUUGGGGAUCGAGAUUUGGAAGAUUCACAAGGUAACGGACAUCACCUUCUCCCCCACGGACCGCAUAAUAUUCGGCCUCUUCCCCCGCCCAAUUUUAUUAGAAAAACCCUCCUACUCCACCACGGUAACCAAAUCCUACGACAAACUGGCCUUCCACUACUUAGGAAUCCUCUGUUUCCCCCUCCUAAUCCUCUACGGAAUCUACUCCCUAAUCUACCAAGAGCACAAAGGAAUCUACUCCUUCAUCCUGAGUCUCGCCUAUGGAUUUCUACUCACUUUUGGCUUCAUUAUGAUGACGCCGCAGCUGUUUAUCAACUAUAAAUUGAAAUCAGUGGCGCAUUUACCCUGGAGAAUGCUCACUUACAAGUUUUUAAACACUUUUAUCGACGAUAUCUUUGCGUUUGUUAUUAAAAUGCCGUGGAUGUAUCGGAUCGGGUGUUUGAGGGAUGACGUGGUUUUUUUCGUGUUUCUAUGGCAACGCUGGGUUUACAAGACGGAUUUCGAGAGGGUCAAUGAGUUUGGGUACAGGGAGAGGAGGGAAGAAAGUGGGGUGGAGGGUGGGGAGGAGGUUAAGGAGAUUACAGAGGGGAAAAAGGAUCAGUGAUUUUUUUUAUUUAGCGUGUGUUGCUAGGGGACCAAUGUAAAUUUUUGUGUGUAAAAAUUGUGAAUAAAAAUUAUUUAUUAAGGGA